CGAAUCCGAGCAACCGUGAAUAGCCAGGAACAGAAGAGGCUAUUGAUGGACUUGGACAUUUCUAUGAGAACCGUAGACUGUCAUUUCACUGUCACAUUCUAUGGUGCACUAUUUCGAGAGGGUGAUGUGUGGAUUUGUAUGGAAUUGAUGGAUACCUCACUGGACAAAUUCUACAAGCAAGUGAUUGACAGGGGCUUAACGAUUCCUGAGGAUAUCCUAGGGAAAAUAGCUGUCUCUAUUGUAAAAGCAUUAGAACACCUACAUAGUAAACUCUCUGUAAUUCACCGAGAUGUCAAGCCUUCCAAUGUGCUGAUUAAUACACAAGGACAGGUGAAAAUGUGUGACUUUGGAAUUAGUGGGUACCUCGUUGAUUCUGUGGCUAAGACAAUGGAUGCUGGAUGCAAACCGUAUAUGGCAAUUGAAUUAGCAAUCUUGCGGUUUCCGUAUGACUCCUGGGGGACGCCGUUCCAGCAGCUCAAACAGGUAGUGGAAGAACCAUCACCACAGCUCCCUGUAGACACGUUUUCAGCUGGAUUUGUCGAUUUUACCUCACAGUGCUUGAAGAAAAAUUCCACAGAGAGACCUACGUAUCAUGAGCUAAUGCAACACCCCUUCUUUACCUUUCAUGAAUCCAAAGAAACAGAUGUGGCUUCUUUUGUCAAACUCAUCCUGGAAAACUGAAAAAAAGGACUUGUACAUUAUUUUAUUCUUUGAUGGACUGGUGGGAUUAAGGAGGAAGGGGUCAUGGUAGGACAGCCUUCAUUACAGGAAAGCCAGAGGAGAAUUUAACUGGUGGCCAUUUUCCUUUUAUUUUUUUUUGUAAAAUCCUAAUCUCCUUCCCUUGAAGGCUUUUUUAAAGGGUUCUUUGGUAUUCAUAGUGAUAUAGAAUGAACUGAUUAGUGAAAUGAAUUUUAAUAAGAUUGUCAACCAUAAACAAAACACAAAACAACGAGUGAUUUAAAUGAUGAUAUUUUAGGGCUCUCUAACCAACCUCUCAACUAGCCAUACUUAAUUUUCUGUCAAAUCAGAUUUCUUUUGUUUAUGGUAAUAGGUGCUACGGUAGUAAUGAAGUUCGAUAUAGAGUUAUAUUUUGUCCUUACUAUUAUUUUAAUAUUUAUGUUAAGCGCUUGAUUUUUAAUAGAAUUCUUGUUUUUGUUUUUAUGUGAGACAAUGGACAAUAAUGACAGCUAAAACACUGAAGUUACAGAAAAGAGUAUUUAUAGUGCUUUGUAGGAAAAGGAAGAGGCGAAGGCAUGGCCCAUUUAUGACAUGGAUGACUAAUUUACAUUGAAAUAAGAGUUUGGUUUGUAUGUUACUCCAGCAAUGUAUGAGGAAGUCUACAUCAUUCCUUAGGAUAUGUCUGAAGAUUGUUUUGGCAAGAACAUCAGCAGGAUGCAAAAAGAAAAAAGAAAGAAAAUGAUUUGUUGGAUGAGAUUAUUAUUCCAGUGGUUUGGUUUAAAACUGCAGUUUCUAUAAACAAUUAUAUCUUUAAGAUUAAGAUUCUAUCUCAGUAUCAGGCUCUGUGGGAUUAACAGUGGCAGUGAUGUAUUUAAAAGCUAGUGGAAAAUCAAAAGCACCUUUAGACAUUUGAUUGUUGCUUAAAUAAUGACGUUUCUCUAACUCACGUGUGUUAAACUCGAUAGUGUCACGUGACGUAUCGCAACAUAUCACAGUGUUUUUUGCCUUUACAGAACCAGAGUGGCCCUGAUGCAUCAAGUCCGCAGGCUGCCAGUUUGACACCCCUGCUCCAAAUCAUGGCCAAUCAAGGAAGAACUCUGUCCCUAUUGGCUUAGGAGAGAGUUUUGUGCCUUUGAAUGAAAAAAAAAGGCUUCACAAAGGAAAGUGGGACUGAGGAGGCAUAGAGAUAUGGGUUUCACAAAGGGGGGUGGUAAUCAAGAAAUGAGAAAAGUUUUACUAGUUUUACAUUCUUCUGAGAACACUGAGCAUGCUCUGGACUCUCAGGUGUCCUAUAGUGGUCUUCUUUUUCACCUACAUGAAUCUAUUCUCCGCAGCCAGCUCACCAUGACCAAUCUGCCACGGCCAACUCAUCAUGGACAACUCGCUACAGGACAACUUGCCACAGAACAGCUUGCUUCGGGACAAGAGUUACACUAAUAUCAAAGAAAUGGUGGAAUAGAAUC